GAGGUUCUAGAAUUCCCAGAAGUUCUGUGUGGUGCAGCAUUUGAAAGUCUUCACAGCUCUUGGGUGUCUCACACUAAAGAUCUCUCUUUUCCUAAAUCUCAAUGAACAAGUUCAUCUUACUUAUAAGUCUUUACCUGCUUGGAUCUGUCAGAGGAGGAUUUGGUCAACCUGACACACCUCCUGCCUCCAUGGAUCAUCAAGGUUCAGUUCAGAGACUUUCAGAUGAGUACCUUUCACCUGUAAACCCUUCAGAUACUGAAGCUUUAUAUGAGACCUCUUCAGGUAAGAAUGUUUUGACUGAGCAUGGUUCCAGUGAACACGGUUCAAGCAAGCACGUCACUGGUGAACACGCUGCGGGUGAACAUGCUGUACAUGAGCACACUUCAAGUGAACACACUUCAAGUGAACAGACCUCAGGUGAAGAGACUUCGGGUGAGCACACUCCAGGUGAACAUGCUUCAGGUGAAGAGACUUCAGGUGAACACACCUCAGGGGAAGAGGCCUCAAGUGAAGAGACUUCAGGUGAAGAGUCUUCAGGUGAACAUGCUUCAGGUGAAGACACGUCAGGCGAACACACCUCAGGGGAAGAGACUUCAGGUGAACAUGCUUCAGGUGAAGACACAUCAGGCGAACAUGACUCAGGUGAAGAGACUUCAGGUGAACACGCCUCAGGUGAAGAGACUUCAGGUGAACACGCCUCAGGUGAAGAGACUUCAGGUGAACACGCCUCAGGUGAAGAGACUUCAGGUGAACACGCCUCAGGUGAAGAGACUUCAGGUGAACAUGCUUCAGGUGAGGAGACUUCAGGUGAAGAGGCUUCUGGUGAACAGGCUGCAGAUGAAGAGGCUUCCAGUGAACAGCCUUCAAGCACAACACUUUCAAAUACACCCUCAGGUGCAAUAUUAAAUUGCCACACAUGCGCUUAUAUGAAUAAUCAAGGAAAAUGUCUUCGUGGAGAGGGAAUGUGCACCACUGAGAAGUCCCAGCAGUGCAUGUUAAAGAAGAUCUUCGAAGGUGGAAAACUCCAAUUCAUGGUUCAGGGAUGUGAGAACAAGUGCCCCUCUAUGAACCUCAUUUCCCACGGAACAAGGAUGCAAAUUAUAUGCUGCCGAAAAACAUCUUUCUGUAACAAGGUCUAGAAGCCUGACUCAGGCAGCAGAAGGCCCCCAUCACCCUACUAAACUCAAUUUAUAUCUGGCUUCAACAACUAAGAGCACCUGCCUUUACCUGAAUAUUGGACAAGAUGUUCAAAUAUCUUUCCUCUCCUAUUCAUAGCAUUACCCAUUCUUCUCCACCCUGUCUCCCCUACCCGCCAUCUUGACAUUCCAGAUUUCCUUUUUUAAAAUAAAUGUCUCAUGGCUAAAGAA